AUCAGCUUUCUAAAACUCAGGUAAAAAUGGAUUUUUUUCACAGUGUAAGAGAGCUUCGAGGUAGCCAGGGGAGAGACGAAGAAGAGGGUGUUAUACCGGUGGAACGAUUAGUAUGAUAGUGCCGCCGGCACUACAGGAUGUACCUGAAACCAUCGCGCUGGAGAGCAGCAUUAGUUCGAGUGUCGAUGGUGACUCUGACAACCAUUGUUCUUCAACUUCUAGAGAUUUGUCUACAGAGGGGACACCCAGUGACAUGAGGGAUGUUGAAGGAAGAGCUUUAAGUCCGCCAACGACAAAUAUGGAGGCGGACAUGGUUGUAUUCGAAGAAUGGGAGAAUAAGUUGCGUUUAAGUCCGCUGGCAACAAAGAUGGAGGCGAACGUGGUUGUAAUCAAAGAAUGGGAGAAUAAGGUUAUUAGCGGGAGAUUGGAUAACCUUCGUAAAGCACCAAAAACUCUCCCUACUGGUUUUAGGUUCAAGGCAGCAUUGCAUCAUGAAGUUGCAGACGGCUCGACCACGGUGAAAAGGUAUAAAAAGUUAGAGGAAAUGCUCAUUUUUGUUCAUGACACGCGAACAGAGAGGAUGAAUAACGAGCUUGCUGCCCGUCUUUCUGAAUGGCGAACACCUAACAUAGGUAGACUCAUUUUGAUGAGCGUCCACCUACGCCAUCUCGCAACUCAUCCCAAAGAGAGCGAGGCUCAAGCUCAGUGUCCAGAUCCAAAGCCGAGCAGAGAGUUCAAACUCAACCUUCAGAUUCUCAAAGGGUCAUGCUGCACUUCUGAAACUGAUGGAUCUACACUGGAGUACUCUUUGAGUGCGAGCAAGGGGCGUGUAGGCAAAACCGCGAGCUCCACCAGAGCUGCAAACAACUGGCCUCUGAGAAACAUUCAAGCUGCUAAGGAGGAGGCUAGUCGUGCUGAAGACUGGGCCAAAAGAGCUAAAUCUGAUAGGGACAAGGUUCUUUCUGAGCUAAACUCCUUGAAAGAUAAGGUUGUAGAAGCCAACCAAAAUGUCGUCCGGGCUGAGGCAUCCUUGGAGCAAGCCAAGAAGCACCAUCAGCACACUAUCUGCUUUGCUCGGGCACAAGGGGCUAAGUGGCUGGUUGGAGCAAAUAUGUUCCAGGACGCUAUGGGGGAGGAAAUGGAUGAGCAAGGAAAAAGCCUCGCCCCUCCAACUGAUGCUACCGUGAGGUUGAGGUGGGAACUAAAUAAGGAAAGAAUGCUAGCUGAACCAUCGAGCACUCCCCUUUCCUCUCAACCCGCCAUCGCUCCAACUUUCCCUUCUCCAGCUUGGUCUACUCAAGGUCGGUCAUCUCUUGCUCGACCUACUAUUGCGCCCACUGACGCAUCCAUCCCUAUCGACCUAACGGAUGAUUAGUUUAGGGUUUUUUCUUUUCUUUUGUACUUUUGUAUUGGUCAUUUGACCCAUUUACCCUUUAAAUUGUUAUCUCUUGCACUUCAAAUGUAAAUUUUGAACAAUAAUACAAAUUUGGAGAUUUUUCUUUGAAAUUUCUGUGUUUAUCGAGCUGUGCAUGUUCUUCACAUUUCUGAAUACACUUUGUUGAUAAGA